AUGAAGUCUGGCAAAUUAUUUGACAAAAAGAAACUAAAAAAGAAGGCUCUUGAGCCUUUGGUGACUUUUCGCCAAGUUAAACAGCACAUGGCUUACUUUUGUUAUCCAACAAUGGGCAACUAUUUCAACGACGAAAACUGGGAAUGGCAUUGGCGUCCAUCGUUAAUGGUGUGUUUCAUGUUCAUCUGCAUGGUGUUAAUAGGAAUAGAUUGUUACCUCAAUCGACAUGAUUGGAUGCACUUGGUGUUUGCAACAACUCUCAUCCCUUAUGCCAUUAUGGGUUUCGAACGAGUUCUCUUAGUGAACAAUGUGCGCAAACCUUUUUUCGCCAUGUACAUCACAAUGGAGAGGUACAUUGAAAAAUGGGAGCAAGAUCCUGAAAUUUUUCCAAUUUUUCAAUGGUAUUGUCGCGUUGCUAAGUGGAUAGUGUACGGCUGUUCCGUUUCUUUCAUUGGUGGCGGUUUUCUUUUCGUCACUGUCUCAGUUUUAAUUUAUUACGUCGUCACUGGUAAGAUGGAAGUGGUUAUUCCGAUUUAUAUUCCCAACAUGGACUACAAUUCGCAUCCCGGGUUUGAGAUUCAUGUCGUCGCUCAUACAUAUUUGGCGUUUCUCGCAGAGACGGGAUAUUCAGUUUUUAUCAAUUCAAUGAUUGUUGUUCUCAUAAUGGCGUGCGCUGAAGCCGAUGUCAUCAUACAAAAAGAAGAAAAACUUCAUGGCAUGCUAGAAAAAAAUUCAAAAGACAAAAAAAUUGAAAAAUUAUUGAAAGAAAUUUACGAACUUCAUCAAGACCUUUUAAAACUCGUGGAUAAUAUUGAACACAUGUGGUCGAUUCAACAAUUAACGGAUCACAUCAUUUUCGGAGCUCAAAUAAUUCUCAUUCUGUACAUCGUUUUGCAACAAUUUUGGUUACCUGGUUAUUUAAUGAUCGCAGCUGCAAUGUUUAUCAUUUUCGCCAUUGACUUGCUGGGAACUCUUGUGGAAGUGAAGUUGGAUAAACUAUCGAUUGCCACGUAUGACGUCUCUUGGUACUUGUUGUCGGUCAAAAAUCAAAAGGACUACAAUUAUUUUCUGCAAGCUACACAAAAAACCGCUAGAUUGACGUUGCGUAGUGGACCUCCUUUGAAUUUGGACACAUUUGUCCGUUUCUGCAAAGGAAUUUACUCAUAUUUAAUGGUUUUGCGGGAAACAACUUAA